AGAAGUUCCUGUUGUUGUUUCCGUCCCGUUAGAGACCUCGUGAUGUUCUGCCUGUACCCCGGCAGUGAGCUCCAUGUCCGGCUGUGAUGGAGGGGAAGACCGUGCUGGUGACCGGAGCUAACAGCGGGAUAGGCAGAGCCACCGCGGCCGCCAUAGCGAAGCUCCGGGGCCGGGUGAUCCUGGCCUGCAGGGACCGGAGCAGAGCGGAGGAGGCGGCCCGGGAGAUCCGGCAGGAGGCCGGGCCAGACGCCCUGCUGCGGGUCAGACAGCUGGACCUGGCCUCGCUCUCAUCCAUACACACCUUCUGUCAGGACAUAAUAAAGGAGGAGCCUCGGCUAGACGUUCUGAUCAACAACGCUGGCGUCUACCAGUGUCCGUACACUAAAACAGAAGACGGCUUUGAGAUGCAGUUUGGCGUGAACCACCUGGGCCACUUCCUGCUCACACACCUGCUGCUGGAGCUGCUGAAGCGGUCUGCGCCCAGCCGGAUCGUGGUGGUCUCCUCCAGACUCUACAAGCACGGACACAUUAACUUUGAGGACCUGGACAGCGAGCAGAGCUACGACAAGGCGUUCGCCUACAGCCGCAGCAAGCUGGCCAACCUGCUGUUCACCUGUGAGCUGGGCCGCCGGCUGCAGGGCAGCGGGGUGACGGUCAACGCUCUGACGCCUGGAAUAGUGAGGACUAACCUGGGCAGACAUGUCCAGGUCCCGCUGCUGGCCCGGCCCCUCUUCAACCUGCUGUCCUGGGGUCUGUUUAAGAGCCCAGAGGAAGGAGCCCAGACCUCCGUCUACCUGGCCUGCAGCCCCCAGGUGGACGGGGUCCAGGGGAAGUGUUUCGCUGGUUGUCAGCCUCAGAACCUGCUGGACAAGGCCACAGACCAGGACACGGCCAGGAAACUCUGGGACAUUAGUGAAGUCAAGGUCGGCAUCACCACAUGACUUC